AUGGUUAGAUUUAAAAAUAGGUAUAUAACUGUGGAAAUACAAGCACCAAAAAUUCCUGAUUGUAAGCCUUUAUAUUUUAAAUCAAAAAUAUUAUACGAUACACUAAUCGAGAAGAUUCAGCAACUACAUGGAGAUUUUGGUGUGGCUGCCGUUAAAACUGGUUUAGUGGCUAAAUAUUGUAACGAAAACACCAGAAUAGCAAUUAUAAGAUCAAGACAUGGCCCUCAUAGAUUUGUAACUAGUAGUUUACCAUUUAUAACAAAAGUAGGUAAACUGGAUAUUACUUUAAAAACACUUCAUGUAGGUGCUACAAUGAAGCAUAGUUUUAAGUUUAUUCAAAAAUAUCAAAGAUCAUAUUUAGAUUCCAUGUGGUCACAAUUGAAAACGGAUGAGGAAAGAAAAGCUUUAGAAUCAGCUGUAAUGGACUUUACUAAAACAGAUGUUUCACUAAAUAUUGAAAAUAUAGGC